AUGGCCACGGCAACUCUCAUCACACCGAGCUCCCACUAUCAACCUCAACCAUCCUUCCCCUCGGCAUACCCGCAUUCCUCGGCUGCGAGCAUUUCCAACAUGAUUUCUUCCGUGGAGCCCCGAAAGUCGGUUGACGACAACGAGCCCUCAAACCGCCAGUCACUGCCCUCCAUCUCCGAGGUCAUUCAAGGAGCCAAGCCAGGCUCAUAUCCUCCAGCACCCCCCAGUAUGCAGCCUGGCUCCAGCCUGCCCUCACCUUUCUCAUCGGGACCUCGAUCAUUUUCAGAUGCCGACAAGCACUCACCUCCGCAGCCUUUGCAUCCUACAUCAUUCCCUCCUCGACAGGAUGCCUUACCCUCCUUUUCCGACUCACCAAGGCCCCCUUUCAACAGCCGACCACCACUCCCUCCAGUCUCUGAUCGUCGCCCGAGCCCCACGUCCAAGCCUGACAUGGCCCCUCAGCACCAUCAUCCUGAACAACAAAAGCCUGAGUCUCACCACCCUCUCAACGGAGGGUAUGCGCAUCCACCUCCUCCGCCUGGCUCAUACCAGCCAGGCCAAAUGCCUCCAGGCCAAAUGCCGCUGCCGGCCUAUCCCAUUUCUCCUAGACACGGUGUCCCGCCUCAUCUUUCAGGACCCUACGACCCUCGAGGCCCACCGCAUCCGGAAGAGGCCGAAUACUCUGCUCGGGCUAGAUACGAUACUACGGUGAACAGACACUUCGAGAGCUGGAGUUACCAAGACUCAUUGAGCAGAAUUGGAUCUUCAUCCCGAACGAUUUUCAACUUUGCGGAAGCUUAUAGUCGAAUUGCCCAGGAGCAGCACGGAGCACACCCGAUUCCCGAGCGACUGCCAACGGAACGUGAGGUCAGCGACAUGCUCAGCAACAUUGAGCUUAUCAAGCGAUCUCUGGAGCAAGUGAGGGACUUGGUCCAGACAUCCAUUCAAAACGAGCGAGCUCGUGAGGGAGCUAAGAUGAAGGGUCCAUACGAUGAGGACCAUGAUGUGUCAAUGUACGGAGAUGGAAUGAAGCCCCAGUAUGGAAUUACGGAGGUCAAGAAGCGACGAGGUCGAGCGGCACCACCCGGCAGAUGCCACAGCUGCAACAGAAUUGACACCCCCGAGUGGAGACGCGGACCGGACGGCGCUCGGACUCUUUGCAAUGCCUGCGGCCUUCACUAUGCCAAGUUGGAGCGGAAACGACAGCUGGAAGCGAGAUCGAUUCGACCGAAACCCGAAGAGGGACUCCGACCAUAG